AUGGAAGAGCUUGAACGUGGGCUCGUGCACAAAGAUGCCGAUGAUGAGGAGCAGGGCGACGAUGUUGAUGAUGAUGGUGUGGAACAGGCGCAUUGGCUCAUCUUGGCAGCAAACGCCCACUUCCGCUCCCCGAUCAAGGAAGUUAUCUGCGCCUUCCGCUUGACGCGUUGCUCCGCCGACAUACAAUCUCACAACACCACCACCAUGGCCUGCCUCUGUGCAGAAAAUAAAGCACCCGACCAGAAAGGCCAGCGAAUGUUCAGUCGCUUCACAGACUUCUUUAAUGGUAGUCAUUCGCGUACCAGUCUCAGCUCCAGCCAUACCACCUCCCUGCCGGCGGCAUCUCCGCUUGGCGGUGUCGGAAACCUCAAGCCUAGGUUCGAGAAAGUGGGAUUGCAUCCGUCCGAGCGUUCGCAUGUAUACGAUAUAAUGGAGUCGUCUCCUUCAGAGACGUACCGAGUAUUGCAUUUGGAAGAGUGGGAUAAGCUGAUGGAGGAGAAUAAGAAAUCCGGCCACUUGGCAAAGAUGGACCUGUACAAGGAGCGGGAAGAGCUGAAGCAGUGCGAAGAGGGCAAGGAAGAGCAGGUGACAGAGAGUCCUCCGAGCGUGAAGUCCAGAAACAACAGUAUGAAAGCGAUGAAGGUUCUUAGGAUUGAGAGCGGCCCAGGAGAGAAGAAAGGUUCAGACACCACCGGUAUCACUGCUGAUUUCAGGGACUCUUUGACUGUCAAGUUUGUCAAGUCGCUCUUUCAGAAUGAAGAGAAGGAUUCCAGUCAGGUUACCACUAGUGCUCCACUAGCAGAGGCUUUGGGUAACGAAUAUGAGGGCUCGAUUCCUGGCUCAAUCGACAGUCUCCGCGCCGUCGCGAACCCAACUCCGUCCAGGCAUCCGUCGCUUCGCCAUAGCCCGCCACUGGAUGAUCUACACACCAGUGCUCAAAGCCAAGUACCUCCGAUCGACCCAAUCUUGAAUAUCAGAGUUGUGUCCGACAAUGACUCUAUUAGCGUAAAUGAUGUAGUGAUACCCCAUGAACGAGCCGCCGAUGCCAUCGACCUGCAGAAAUAUCGCUUCUCUCGCUUCUAUGCUGUCGAUAGCAAAACCUCCAGUGCUCACACCCACAUGGCCAAGAACGGCUUGUUGAGAACUCAACUGCACGCGCGUUUGACGGGAUCACUUCUGCCCCUCACGUACACGGUCCUGCUCUUCGCCAAAGCUAUACAAGGUCCGUACGAGUUCUUUGGUGCGGUGUGGAAAGUUCUCGUUCUAGCCAUCGACUACACUGGUCUGCGGAGACUCAUGUGUUGGAAUGAGGCCGACUCAAGCGAUGUGCUGCUCGUACCGCUCGAGGAAUAUGGUUACAAGAUGAAGCAGUGCUGCACGCAGAUUAUAGGGACGUUCAUGGGUGCAUUCGCGCAGGCUCUCGUCGAAGCUUUGAGGGAACUUGAUGCCGAGGAUGCCAUUUGA